UAGUUCAAAAAUAACUAAAGAAUUAUAAAAAAAAAUAGUUCACAAAAAAAUACUAAAUAGAAAAUAGAAAAAUAAGUCCCACAGAAUUCUAAACAAAAUAAUAAUUUAAUACAAAAAUACAACUUUUAAAGAAAAGUUAAAAUUAAAAAAAAUACAAGUGACAAGUCGGUGUUGGAAAACUGAAAAUUAUUUAGGUGCUCAAAUACUCGCUUAAUUUAUAAAGCGGAGCCAAUUUCAAGUUCCAUUGAAAAUUCAAAUACAAAAUAUUCUUAAAGCGCAUUAAAAAUGAAGUGAGUAAAUAUCUAAGUAUUGCAGUGAUUAGAAUAACCAAAUAUAUAUAAGAAUAUAAAAAAAGAAAUGCCCAAAUAUUCGAUAAAAAACUAACAGUCGCUUGUGCAAUUAACUAAAGCAAAAAAUAUAUUCAAAACAGAGCUGAAAAUAAUUACGCUGAAAAAUAAGUGGCACACUCUCAUUACCUUGAAUCAAUAAAGAAGUAAACAAAAAAUAACAAAAACAAUAGUAAAAUGGUAUUGAGCUCGUAUUGACCAUAAAUUUAUUUAUAUGUAGUGGAAAAUUACCCCAAAUUAAAUAUGCAAAUUAGUCAAUAGCCCCAUGCCAUUCGGAUUGUCGCUUCAAUGUCGGUGGCGCAUCAGUGAGUCAGCUCGAUCAGUCAAUCUGCGAACAAACCAAAAGCGGUAAAUCCACAAACUCACAAAAUUCCAAAUGCCAAAUGCCAAAUGCUAAAUGUUAAAUGCCAAAUGUCAGAAAGUGUUAGACGAUAAUGGAUGAACGCAGCUGCAGCGCAACAAAAGUUGUCGAUACAUCGACAUAGCAAAGUGUAGUGGAAAUAGUGACAUUGCAGCAGCGAACAAGUGGACUGGUGCACAUAGCAAACCAAAUGACCACUUAGCCUGCCGGUUCGACAGUUCGGCUGUAGUUGCAGCUAUGCCUUGAAAGUGAAGUGAACAUAAAUCGAUUAUAGAUUAGACGGAAAUUUGAGUGGCGAGAGCGCUUCCGUCACUACAGCUGAAUGUGCGUUUGCAGCGCAACUGCAGUCAUCACGUGCCGCCUGCCAUUGCCGAUAGAUAACUGGCAGUCGGUCGCCCAGUCAACGCAAUUACCUGACCAACUGCCUGCUCACUGGAAGCGGGGUUUGCCACUUAACCGAGUGACAUUUUGUGUGUUUAGGUGCAUUGCCGGUGUGUCGUUGUGUUACUGUGUCUAUGUGGCAGUGCGUUGGUCUGCUGCUACCACUCACAUUUAUUCAUAGAGCUGAGUUGCCAGCCACGCAUACGCCAUGGUGUCUCUGCUGAACGUCAUUCAAAAUGUGGGUAACCUUUGCAGGUGUGUGUUAAUUUGUAAAUGAUUUUAAUAGCAUUUGUUAGCAAAUGUGCUCCACACCAAAGCACACGAGUGCUACCUUUAUGCAGCAACAAAGAAAAACAAAAUGGUUGGGGGUGCACGUGCUUGCGUGCGUGUAAGUGCAUUUGUGUGCGCUUGCCACCUGUAAUAAUAUUGCAGCGCAUCCUUUGAACCUUGUGCCUUCUCUGAACCUGUCUCGAGUUGAGCGUGAUGCGGUUAGUGUUUUAGUGGUCGCACCAGCACACAACUAUAGCCUGCCAGCCAACCCUCUGCUGUGGCACAAUAACAGCAGCGUUGUGCUAAGGGUGUCGAUGUUACUUUUGUCGCGCUGCUUCAUGUUGACAUGCGGAUUUUGACAUUUAAGUGUGUAGAAGUUGACUGGCCGCAAAAAAUUCAUAGCUGGAUCUCGAGCAACAUGCGCAAGAUAUUUGAAACUAAAAAAUAGAUAAAUUACUUGAGUGGAAUUGAGUUAUUGUGAUUGUGUUCAAGUGCCACACAAAGAACCGCAAAAUAGCAGAACUGCAAAAAGUGAGAGAAGAAGAGAAGAGAAAGUGCUUAGCUGGCACAAAAACGAUUGAGUUCAAAUGGAACGACAUGAAUAGCUCACACACAUGAAAACCUAUGCACAGAAUGUAAUAAAUCACGCCUGUGCAAAUUCCCCAAAAACAACAAACAAAUUUGAAUAUGAAUGACAUUCCAAUGCAACUCGAAGCAAAUGAAAAGGAAGAAAAGAAAAAGAAGCGACAGCAGUACAAAUGUUUUACAGAUAUCACAGCAACCACAACCACACAAAGAAUAACAUCGAAACCGACUCUCGCAGUUGAACUGAUGUCACCGAACAAUUGAAAAAUGUUGUGGCAGUUAAACAAAAACAGUUCGACCCCAACAUACCGAAUAUCGAAAAUAGCUAUAGCACUCGAAAUAAAACAAACCCAGCAACAACAACAAACAAACUUGGACGAAACUCAUCCCUCUUCUUUAAUAAAACAUUUACAACAACAAUUGCAGACACUGCAAAGACAACACGAAAGGCUUGACUGGUGCAGAGAGGCGGGAAUGUUAACUUCACAGCUGGAGGCUAUUGAAUCUUCAUAGUAUCGAGCAUAAAAUAAAAGGAAGGAUAAAGAACAUACAAUGGAAGAAGAAAGGUUGGAUAAGCGGGAGAAUGAAAAAGGAGAGGUUCUUGCUCAAGUUGCUCCGAAUGUUUGGAGUAGUCAAGAAAGAAGGCGGGACCAGUUGCCGAGCGUGGUAAGUGAAGGCCUCGUUUCAACGGUAUUUGUAGUAGCCGAAGAGAAACGACCACCUGAAGGCAUACUAAAGGAAGCUGUGGAAGAGAGGGAUGUGGAGUUUGAAACGGAAAAGAAGAAAGACGUAGCCGAUGAGCACUUGGAGGUCGUGUUCGAUGCUGAUGACAUCCCAACGCCUCGAGCCCUAAUGAAGGUCGACAAAGCGGUCAGCACCAAUGACACACUCGAGGAUUUGCAACGGGCUCUCACCUACGAGGUUAUUUUCAGCACAUUGCUGGAGAAGAAAGUAAUGGCCAUCAAGCGAGAGUGUGAAGAGCGUAAACGUGCAAAGCGCAUGAAACGCAAGUCGAUCGGUCGGAUUUUCUUUAGUCGUAAACUAUUCGGCGGCUCGCGCAAGGGACGUGGAGAUAGCGAGCCUGACGUGUUCAUGCGCGGAGAUUUUGGCGCAAUGAUUGCAUCACCAACGACAUUUCGUACCCCAAAGACUGCCAGAAAGCCGAGUGGGCGUGUGGUCGGGCGACAGGUCGGCGAUGAAAUUGAAGUGGUCUCAUCUGCCUCGAAUGGCAGUCACCGGUCGCAGUUAGCACGCACAAUACUCACGAAGACACAGAAGGUUAAAACAAGGCUUAGCACUGCCCCCACUGCCCAUAGCGGACAGACCGCUGAGGGCAGUGUUACUAGCACGCUUAGUAACUCCUCGGACAAGCCUGAUGUAAGUGUUGGCGAUAGUGGUGGUGGUGGGGGUGGUGCUGAUGGCGGUGUUGGUGUUGGUCAAGCGGUGGUGAAGCGCAGCUUAUUGGUACGCGCUCAAACGCAUACUCCGGCUGAAGUAAUGACGUCGAGUUCAGGCUCUGGAGAUUCAAGAGCGGCCAUGCACAGGCGUUCACUUUCAGUAAUUAAUGGUAAUGGUAAUGGAAAUGGGGGCAUGGGUGGAUUGCCUGCAUCACUGUUGGAACGCACUUAUGAUACGACGUCACUGGCCAGCGGUUAUGAGAAUGGCACUGGUGCACGACUGCACACCUCGACAAUGGCUGACGAUAGUCUAACUUCGUUACGUGACAGCAUCGAGAGCUUGUCUUUUGGUAGCUCGCGUUGCACUGUAAGUUUUGGUGGCGCUGAGAUCAUACCAGAGGAAACUGCCUCACUUCUGUACGAGCGUGCACGCAUUGCCAAACGUUUGCGUGUAUUGGAAGCGAAAUCCAUUAGCGCACAAUGCAGUCCCAUACUGCCACGACAUUUGGUCGCAACAAUAGCAGCUCCGGAACCGAAGCCACCAUUGGCGCAAGCAACUGUGAGUAUUGAAAAUGAUAAGGUCUCCACCUCGGCUAAACAUAGAAUCACGCCCACCACUGCCGUUCCUUACACCGCAACGUCCAAAGCUGCCAUCUGUACCACCGCUGGCGGCAGCGUUAUACCAACCAUCCCCACCAGCAAUAAAAUUACCCAAACAAAGCAACACAUCUUUCGCCACCAAGUGUCUUAUACGGACAGCACUUAUGGUGGAGCAGGUGACUUUGGCGAUGCAUCAGCCUAUUCACGGUACAUUUCACGACAGAAUACUUCCGAGGAGAGCGCAAAUUUGACUGUCAGCACAUUGUUGAAUCAGAGCGACUCAUUAUCGCUGCAUGCACCCAUCUGCUCGCCCACCACAUCCUUCACCGGUGGUGGUGGAGUUGGUGCUGGUGCCUUCAUGUUAGGUGAUCGCUUCAAAUCGAAGAGUACAAGUCUGUUAGUGGUCGGCGGCAAUGGUCGCAUUCGUCCACCACCGCUGCCACCACAAUUAUUGCGCGCCCCCUACGCGCCGGCUACUAUGCCGGUUACUGAUGAUGGCUUUGUAAGUGGGACAAUGCCGAGCAAUAUUAGUCAUAGUGAACAAUUAGUAGAUAGUAUAAAUAAAAAUGCAUUCGCUUCCUCUGGCGCCGCACAGCCAGAAAUAUCAUCUAACGCACAAAAGCCAAUAUCCUCGCACCCCACAACUAUCGCUACGACUACUCCUGCUACUGCAACUGCAAUGUCUUCACAGUUAUCAUCGCCUCCUCCUACACUCUACUAUGCCGCUAAUGCGCCUGGCACAUUGGAGACCACUACAGCUGUUAUAGCGUUGAACGGCUCUGGUUUUCGGAAUGGCGCCAUCAAUGGGGUUAUUGUGGCCGGAUCAGCGGUGCCUGCGGAUACGGCUAAGUUGAAUCGCAUGACUUCUACAUCGACCGGCUCCAGUGUGGCGCCGACCGGCUGCUGCACCACAACGAAAUCCUCUUCACGUGAUCGCGAGAAAGACAAGCAGCGCUUCAAGCCCAGCUGGCCGUCAGGGCAAAGCGGCAGCGACGAUGAGUAUCGAAAGCGCAAACGAAAAUAUAAACGUUACCACAGAUGUUCAGACCCCGUUCUAGUAUAUCCAACGCCAAGUGGAUUACAACACUGCAUACUUAGUAUGCCACCUAAUGAACCUGUUCAACUGCAGUACAAUGAUGAUUUUGCUUACGACAUGCAAAUCCAAAUGGAGUCCGACAAAAACGACGACCUUGAAGAAAUAGUUCCAAGCAGCCAUCGCCGACAUCGAAGACAUCGUCAUCAUCGCCACAAAAAGCGGCAUCGUCAUAAAAAACCAAAAAUUCUUGUGCAGGAUCUGGAAACGCGCGUUGUCAAGGUGGUCGAUCCCGAUGAUCUCUCGCAGCGGGCGCGCUGGACAAUAAUUGUCACAGCGUGCCUGCUGCUAAUCAUGUGCCUCAUGUUGGUGGGCAUAACGUUGCGCAUGGCACCACUCAUCGAUGACAUGGGUAAGUGGCAAGUUUUAGUGCAACUUUUUGUAUUAAUAAAAAAAAAAACCAAAAAAAUAAAAAUAAACAAAUUCUAUUUUUUUAAUUCCGUUAUUAUUCUUAUAACUACUUUAUAUGUGUAUAUGAACGUCUUCUCUUCUACUGCUACCCCUGUGUUGGCUUUGUUUUUAUCUUUAAAUUAUAUUAUAUUCAAAUAUAAAAAAAUUACUAAAAAUAAAAUAUAAAAAAGAGAUCUUACGCAUUCGAGCCAAGUACUCAGCGAGUAUUUGAAAAAAUAACACAUACAGUAUAUGAAAAUUAAUAGCAAAAAAAAAAAAAAAAUAUUAUACCACAGUGCACAAACUUAGCUUUGGCUGAUGAUAAACCUAAAUACCUUCUACAGUCCCCCACCCACUUUUGCCAUUGGCAAUUGACUUAAAUAAAAAUACGAGCAUAACCAGCCAAUCUGUCAAUCUGUCAGUUGCUCAUGCGGCCAAUGAUUUGUAUGAUGUACACUUUCUUUAGCGAUCAGUUAGCAUAGCAAAAUUAAAAAAAUGCGAAAAGUUUUAAAUAAAAAUCAUGUAAAUAAUCAGCGAAACUCCAUCAAACAAAUUCGAAAAGUGAUAUUGUCACCAGAUUUGUGCGAAAAGAAACCGAAUUGUAAAAUCUGAUAAAGGAUGCGUUACACGUUGCGUUGCGUUGCUUACGUUACGUUGUUGCGUUCUUGUUGAAAAAAUUGUUCAUACAUUUAAAUCUUUAUUUAAACGUUUUAUUCCUAUUCAUUUGCUCUUUUGUGGUCGUUCGUUACUUUGUCGUGCUUUUUACGUAGCUAAGAAAAUUCGUUUUGUUUUUUUAGUUUUCAUAUUCAAAUACUCUAACUGUUCUUCUACUUAACACUACUUUAUCAAACCCUUUCCUAUUUGAAAUACAAAAAAAUUCUAGAAUACAAAAAUUGCUCAAAAUCGAUUAACUGCACCCUAUCAUUUCUUUACUCUUUAACCCUCCAAUUUCCACGCUCUACUCAACUAAACUAGUUAAAUUAGAUUUACGAAAACAAAAAAAAAAAACACACACAAAAUUCCUAUCAAUGUGACUUUAAGAAUCUAAUUUCAUGUUUGUUGUUUUGAUUUGUUUUGUGUAUAUUCUCGAACUUAGACCGUACGAACAAUAAAUACAAACUACCAAACCAAAUUAGACAUGCAAAAUAACUGUAAGUACACAAAUUUAGUUUUUAAGCUCUUUGAAAUUUACUACUACAUACAUAUUUUCUUAUACAAAAUACUUAACAAGUAAUAUUAACACAUAUAAAUAUAUCGUACAGUGUCUUCUCGAUAAUUGUGACACUCUAUUUUGCGAGCAGUCGCUUGUUCGCAAAACCUAAAUGUUUUCCUUCUAAGCUACGAAGAAGAUAAUUGAAGACUCUGUUCCAAGUCUGUAGAAGAGAUGCGAGAUGUAUCAUUUCUGACGCAGCACACUACUUUUUUGAAUACAUUUAGGAGUACAAAAAGUGCAGUAGCAAAAAAAAAUAUAUAAAUAGAAGAAGAAAAUUUUAAAUUAUAAAAAAAACGAGGGGGAAAACUCUUAUUUCGUAAAUAAUCAUAUUCGCGCUUGCCUAAAGAGUCAAUAAAGAUAUAUUCCAUUAAAGGGCUUUAAAGUUAAUAUAAAAAUAAUAUAAAAAUUUAAAAUAGCGACUUUCCGCGAGAAAGCCGUAUGGAAACUCUUCUCAGUUAAUCUUCCAGAGGAAGACAGACCAGGAAUUAUUUUUAGGAGAGUUUCAAGUUUUUUCAUUGCCAGUAGGAAAAGUGCGUAUUCCGGUCAUAGAUGGGCGCUUUGCAAUAACAGUA